CUCCCACCAGUCAAAGUCAGUCAGUCAUUCGACUGAAAGUUAUUUCCUGCAACGAUGUGACACGAGAAGGUGAUGCCCGUUAGCAAACGAUAAAACCUCGCGUUUAAAGGGUUUCAAUUGAACGAGGGGACAUGAAAUAAGGAAAGAUGAGAGACAGACUGGUAGAACUGGGAGGUGUUGCCACCAAAGACCACAAAGAGGAAGACCAAGUAGAUAGCAGAGAAGAUGUGGACAGUGGUGAAUUUGAACAGCAUGCGGUUGUGUUUGAGGGUGAGGACAUCAUGGAAGAUGUUUUUAGAGAAGCCCAGUCCAUCCAGAAAGAAAUCACCCAACUCCGUAUGGAAGUGAAGAGGCUGGGCAAGCAGAACACACGCUUUCUCACCUCCGUCAGACGCAUUAGCAGCAUCAAACGUGACUCCAACACGAUCGCACGCAACAUCAAAACCAAAGGAGAGAACCUGUAUGCUCGGAUACAGAAGAUGGAUGCACUUUGUAAAGAGUUGGAGGAGGAACACGGAGCCCAUUCGGCUUUAGUGCGCAUGAUACGCGGUCAGUUCAUCUCUAUAACGAGUUCUUUUCACGAGGCCAUGAACGAGUACAACAGCGCUGAAAUGGCACAGAGGGACAACUGCAAGACUCGCAUCCAAAGGCAAGCAGAGAUCAUGGGUAAAGAAGUGACUGGAGAACAAAUCGAAGAGAUGAUCGAGACGGGCAAGUGGAACGUGUUCUCUGACGACUUGCUCACAGAUGGGCGCACCGCUCGCUCAGCGCUCAACGAGAUCGAGAAUCGCCAUAAGGAGCUUUUGGAGUUAGAGAGUCGCAUCAGAGACAUCCAUGAUCUGUUUUUCCAGCUGGCCUUACUGGUGGAGGAACAAGGGCUCAUGGUGGACAACAUUGAGGCCAAUGUAUAUGCCACCCAAGACUUUGUGGCUAAAGCCACAACUCAGAUAAAGAAGGCUGUCAAAUACAAGAAGAAAAACCCUUGUCGACAGCUCUUCUGCUGCUGUUUUCCAUGUUGCAAUAAAUGAUCUCGGUGUUACCGCCUUAACCAUUUCGCAAAAGCCAUAGCAUAUGGCUAGUCUGGCAUGCUAGUGUUAACCGUGUCAUGUGAUGUGCUCUGAAGAGACCAACAGAAGCCCAGUGCCUGCGCUUGAUGGUUAUCAUUCUGAAAAAACUUUGAGUUUUCUUGUAAACCACAGGAGCUGCAAUGCAAAUGAGCUAAAGUGAUACUGCGAUCUCGCUGCUAAACAUCUGCGAGAGUCACAGGCCAUUCACGUGAUGUGUUAAAGAUAUAAGAUAUAACCACAAGUAAAAGUGUUUAUUUACGCCCAUGUACAGUGCAUCAGCAAAUAUUAUACAGAAACAUGUUUUACUGAUGAAUCCACUGCUUUAUUUUAAUUUACAUUUAUUUGUGUAUGUAUGGUUUGUUGCAUUAAUUUAAUAAAUAUUUUUAACUUUUAA